AUGAUGAGACACGGAUACAUUGGAGAGUUCGAGAUUGUUGAUGAUCAUCGAGCAGGCAAGAUUGUUGUCAACCUCAAUGGCCGUCUCAAUAAGUGCUCGGUUAUUUCCCCACGUUUUGAUAUCAAGCUCAAGGCUGACGUCAUACUUUACGAUUCGAUUAGCGAUUCGCAAAGUAUGACGUCGGCCUUAGACGCUUUGAAAAUGAUUGUGUCGUUCAGGAUAUCGAGCAAUACACAACUAACUUGCUCCCAUCCCG